AUGGCCACAAAAGAAGCAUCUACAGAAGCCUUGAAGGCCAUUGCGACACUGACCAUACCUCGCAAAGGUCUGUACAUACCAGGAACACCUUUCCCAACGGUCGGAUUUGAGCAGCUGACGAACACAGACUUAAUCGGACGACAUGCAAAUAUUGGCGUCCGAUUCGUCACUUCACUUGUCCGUCUUGCAGGCGAAACUGGAAUGUACGACCAGCACAUGUACCAGCAACUCCCAAACCAGGCAAAAAUUAUCAUUCCGGCACUCAUACCAUACGCGUCCGUCGACGAUCCCAAAUAUAUAAGGAAUCGAUCCAAGCCCUUUUACUCCUUUCGUUUCAAGCUAUAUUAUGCACUCUAUCCACAAGCUUAUGUUUCGUACCUGAGCAAAUAUGUUCCAGAUCUUCAUACGCUCCGCAUUGGUACGCCUAACAGUGCCAUGCUGGAAUACUGA